GGUCUUGGGAGCUGUGCAAGUGAUGUUGAAGAUCUUGUUUUCACUUAUUUCUUUUAAUGACCUUGAAAGACACAAUCUAUUCCCAAAUUAAAAAAUAAAUAUGGAAUGAAAAUAAGAAGUAAAAUUGAUCAUUUAUUAAAUAAAAACCAUCUUAUAUCUAGUUGUAUUUUCUAAAUUAUAGCCAUAAGAGCACUGAAGCAAUUUAAAGGCAGGAGUAAUUCUUCUAGCAAGAGAGAAGUUGAUGACAGAGGGAAGGAAAAGAAAGAUUUGGAACAUCCAAGAAUAAAGAAGAAUCGCCAGUUUCCAAAAAUAUGGCUGACAAAAUACUCCUGGUUAAAAUAUGAUGAUGAAAGGGGAAUAAUGUUCUGUGCGUUGUGUCGCAAGCAUAAUGUGGACUUGGGGGAAAGCAUUCAUAAUUUUUGUUCUGGCACUGAUGACUUCAAACUGGAAUUUAUAAAUAUACACCAAAACAGCGAAGCUCAUGCUUGGGCUACCUGCAUGGAAGCUGCCAGUACUGCUUCACCAAAUACAGUUUCUGCUGAGCAGAUGUUGAAGAGUAUGAACUCUGUAACAAUAGGAAGAGUAGAAAGUACUUUUAGAACAUGCCACGCAAUUGCUAAAUCUGGUUGGCCCUUUACAGAUCCAGACUGGAUUUGUAAACUAGAUGAUGCAAAAGGAACAGACAUUGGUUCUGUAUUCAGAAAUGAUAAGUCAGCAAGAAUCUUUAUACAUUUUAUGGCUGAAGUAGAAAGAAAAUCUCUAAAAGAGAAACUGGAGAAUUGUAAAUACUUUUCUCUUAUUAGUGAUGAAUUCACAGAUAGUAUAUUCAAAUCAGCUGUGGUUGUCUAUGUGCGCUUUGCAAAUGAAGGAAAAGUUCACUGCCAGAUUGUUGGGGUUCAACCUGUUCAAAAAAAUGAUGCUUCAACUAUAAAAAGUGCAAUUGAGGAAACAUUUCAAAUAAAUCUUCAACUUAGCUUGGCAAGUCAAGACUGCUCAAGAAAAUUAGUCGGAUUUGGAAGCGAUGGGACUGGUCAAAAUGAUGGAGUAGCUAAUCUCGUGAGGGAAAUUCAACCUUGUGUACAGUCUGUGCAUUGUUUUGCUCACCGCCUAAGGCUGGCUUACAAGGGAGCACUGGAAAACGUUCAGCUAUACGGUAUCUUAACCAGUGGCUUGAGAAAUAUGUACUACUUUUAUCAUAACUCUCCUCUAAAUAAGAAUAAUCUCAAAGCUAUAUAUGAAGCCAUCAAGUUAUAUCCAGCUAUUCCAUUUCGCAUUGGAGGCUCCCAGUGGCUUCCUCGCCUACAGACAGCUCUACAGAUUCUCCUUAAAGGUUAUCCUGCAUUGGUUCUACAUCUGAAUAAGAUUGAAGGAGAUUCAAGGACUUCGAAUAGGCAGAAAGUCAAAGGCCUAUUGUAUCUCCUUCUGAAAAUUGAGGUAGUCAAGUUUUCCCAUUUCUUACUGGAUGUCAUCAAUGUCCUCAACAUUCUGUUGCGUGUUACUCUGGAUCACAAUUCCUCCAUUGCAGAUAUAUUUGCAACCUUGCAGUCAACUGUGGAAAUACUCCAAAUGUAUCAAACAAGAGCUGGUCCAAAGGAGCGCUUGAUAGAGACCGUUCAGUAUUUUCAUGGUCACCAGCUUGUUGGAAAUGGAAAUAUUUCAGCAGUACGAACCAAAGUACUAAGUGAUUUGCUGAAGAGGUUAAGUGAUUGUUUCUGUGAUGCUAAUCAAGAUGUCUUGAAAGCAACUUUUAUUGGAAGUUUUAAACUAUGGCCUGAUAAAAUGAAACAAGAAUUUGGUGAAAAGGAAGUAUCUGUCUUGAGUAAACAUUAUGAAGCCAUACUAGAAGCUGCUAGUGUGAAGAUCAGUGAAGUUGGAACUGAAUGGAGCAUGCUGAAAUUAGAGCUUUAUAACAGAUUUCAGAACAUCCAGACCUUGACAUGGGAUUCGGUGAAUGCACAUUAUUCAAAGAAGUAUCCCAAUAUCCUGGCUUUGGUAGAUCUGAUCCUAACUCCGCCAGCAAGCUCAGCUGAAACAGAGCAAGGCUUCAGUCAAAUGAAAUUCGUCAUGAUGCAUUUGCACUCUAAACUUAUGUUUGAAAAUGUGAUGACAGAUCUUAUGACAAUCCAGAUGAAUUCUCCGGAUAUCAAAAAAUUUGACCUCUGAGAAGCUAUCAUUUGUGGAAUAUUAUUUGGCAGAAAAAUAGUACACUACAGGCAAAUGAUAUGAUGAUAAAUGAAAGAUCAGUUUGUUCCUCUGAGUUUGAUUUGGAGACUCAGAGUGAAAAUGAUUAGAUGUUUUCUUCAAAAUAAUUCUUGUAACAUCUAUAAACAAUUUACCAAUAUAUCUUGCAAGAUUAAUGACUGGAAUAUUUCUAUCUUUUCCAUAAAGUACUACGGUUUUUUAAAAUAGCUUUUCUUUCUGUGUGCUGUUGAAUCACUGGUAGCUUUUUAUACUUGUCCUUUUCUAGAUUUCUUACAAAUCUGAAGGUAAUGAACGAAAAAUAUGCAGUACUUUGUGACUGUGUCUACACCGGAGCAGAGGGAUGAGUCAUAACUACCUGAUUCUUUGUUGUAUUUAAUCCAAGCCACUGAUACAUUAUAUCCACUUAAGUUAACCCUUAUCUUUAAUAAUUCAGGAAACUUUACUCAUUCUGAAAGCUAUGAGUUUCUUUUGAUAAAUUUGUGGGAAAUCAGUGCAUGAUUGUUGUCAAAUGAUUGCUUGGCAUCCUUAGCCUCUGAGUUAAGAGUAAUGACUUCUCUCCAUAUCUGUAUGCAUUACUACUUCUAAAUCUCUUAGGAAUAGAGGUUAACAUGACAUUUCAAGUUUCUUGUCAGACUUGUCCUUCAGAAAAUCUUCCUACAUAGUACGAGGUACUAUAAAGAAAAGACUUACGUAGUUCUGCAAUCCACUGCUGAUAAUUAAUUGCGUAAAUCAGACUUCCCAUAACACAUGCUCUUGCAACCAGGAUAUGACUAGUGUACUUCAUAGCUUAAACUAUUUAAUUUUCAUGUAAAAAUAUUUCAGUGAGGACUGCAAUAAGAAUGCUGUAUCUUUCUAACAUUGGAGUUGAGGAUGAUUGCUAUUCAGAGAAUUUUGUGGUGUCAUAAUUUGCUACUAUCUUCAUGUUCUGAAUGAAACUUUCUGCUAAGUUCCAGUCAUUGAAAAGCAUCCCAGAAGAAUAUGUUCAAAGAAAACUAGUAAGAAAGUGUUAAAGGCUUUUCUUAGUUAUGCCAAAACUGAUGAAGAUGAACUAAAAAUAAUUUGGGGUAAAUAAAUUUGAAGUCAUUGACCAAUCAGUGCUUUUCUAAGCUGGAUUAACACUCUGCUUUUGAUAUAAGAAGUCUAGUAAUUGCAGAAGGUGUGUUACUUAUAUAUAACUUUUCUAUUUUUGAAUAUAUAUUCAUGCUACUUCUAGGUGUAAGUAGUUGUGUAUGUCAGAAACAGAAUGUGUUUGAAUGCAUACCUCAUUAAAAUAUCUUAAUCCACACAAGUAGAAUUAACUUUCAGUUACUGAACAAAAUAUCUGUACUAUGCAUUAUAUGGUACAUUAUAAAAGAUCAUUAUAAAAGAAAUAUGUGCAUUUGUGAUUUCUCAGAUAACAAAAAUGUUCUUAUAUAUUUUAUCUAAUAAGCAACAGGAUAUAUAAGAUAUUAUAGGGAGUGUCUUAUUAGAUGUAUUGCAUAGCUGUUUCUAAGGAUUUUCUCUUUAAAUUUCAUAAUGCCAGAUUUUUUCCUUUGAAGUUUCACAUGGAAAAGUUCUAGGUAUGAUGAGAAUGGAAAAUGUUUGGAAAUAUUACCUAGAAAGUCCGAGAGCAGAAGACAAAAUCUGAAGUAACAAAUAAAAGUAAAUGUUGAAUCUAUAAUUCUGAAGACACUUUUGUGAUGCUUGAGUGCAACAUCACAAUUUUUGGUGUUAGGAUCGAAUAUAAUGGGUAAACUGCCCUUGCCGAUGAAAUCUUAGUAUCACAAGAAGUAGUUGGAAAAGAUGCUGAAAGACUUGGAGUGAAAUAGGACCAAGACAGACAACCUGUCGUCAAUAUUUGCCUCUCUUCAUAGGUUUGUUAAAAUAGUCUCUUGCUUUCUUAUAACUGAAAUAUUUUUGCUAAAGAUAAAAAUGAUCUGCUAUCAUCCUUUCUGAUUUUACCUACGGAGAAGAGUUUAUUACUGUGUUGUCUGUAAUGCUUUGUUUUAAUUGAAUAACUACUGUUAUUUUCUCAUGGCCUUCCAUUUCUAGAAAAUGAAAUUUCUAAAUGAAAUUUCUGCUUUCUAGCAGAAGUCUUUUAAUAUUGUCUCUCCUUUUUAUAACUCUGUGAUGAUUCUUGCUUAGUUUACAUACAUCCUUCAAGAUCUCCAGAUUCCAAGAUUGUCUGUCAACAAAAACCUUAAGACUGCAAAGAUUUUUUCAGAUUUCUUCUCAUAUACUUUUUGAUGAUAUUGUAAUCAACUAAAAUCCCUAAAGCCUUUCUACAGAACUGUUACUUUGUAGUAUGACUCCCUCUGUGACAUUUAUGCAGUGCAUUAUUUCAGUGCAGUGUAGCACUUAACAUUUAUUCUAAUUGGAUGUGUUCUUUUCAUCCCAGGCUUUACCUCGAAUGUGUAAAGUUCAUUUUGAAUUCUAAUUCUGCACUCCAAAGUACUUGAUGUCCUUUCAAGAUUGAUUUUAUCUGCAAUAUAAUAAACAUAAUAAUUUUUGCAGUCUGUUUCUUCAGUGCACUUUGGUUUGCUUCCAGUUGUAUUUAAUUACUGAUCUUCUCAAACCUUAAGUUUUUCUAAAGCUUAUUGAAUACGAAUUUCUCUUCCAUAAUGUUUUCUAUCCUUUUUUGUUAAGAAUAUCAACAUAUUGAAUAAGUUUGUUUUCUAUUUAGUCACUUAUGUCAUUCAGCAAAGAUCUGUUGUUCUUUCCUUUUGGAAUUAAUGAGAAGAUACUGUAAAGAGCAUACAUGUUUUGAAACCAUUAUUGUUAAAUGGACAAAGAAGAUUCUGGAAUUGUUUUCUCAUUCUACCCGGAGGACAUUAUUUCCUCCUACCACUUGCAGAGCCCCAUUUGGGGAUGACAGUCUUCUUUCUCAGCACCAUCUGUGCAGCUACCCACUCACAUCUCACCAUGACUGUAGAGCAGCUCUGUGGCAUUAGCAACCUAUGAAGAAUACUGACUAAUUGUCUUUUGUCUUGUAAUAUGAUCUUUUUAAAAAGUUUUGUCCAGUAUAAUAUAGAA